AUGAAAGGGGUGAUGAGGUUUGGGAAGAAGGGGAAGUUAAGCCCUUGGUGCAUUGGGCCUUUUGAGAUCUUGGAAAAGAUAGGUCUUGUUGCUUAUCGAGUGGCGUUACCCCCAACACUAUUCAGAGUUCAUGACAUGUUUCACGUGUCAAUACUGAGGAAGUACAUGCCAGACCCUUCGCACGUGCUAAUUUAUGAACCUUUGGAGAGCGAGAAUGCAUUAGCAUACGAGGAGGUACCGGUUCAGAUUCUAGAUCAAAAGGUACAGAAGUUGCAUAUUAAGGAAAUACCUUCAGUGAAAGUGGUGUGGCAAAACACAAUAGAGGAGGCUUCAUGGGAGUUAGAGACAGAGAUACGUCUAAAGUAUCCUCAUCUUUUCAGAGACACUUAG